ACUCAACUGCAGAUGUAUCCUGAGGACUGGCAUGACCUGGCAACAGCUGAUCUACAUGUCACUGCCAGGUGGACUAUCAGCUGUUGAUCCCUCUGCUGACAGUAAAAACAGACAUGCCAGUUGCUUGCUGCCAAUAACAAUGACCAUGACCCUUCAUACCAAAACCUCCGGCGUUGCCCUGCUGCACCAGAUUCAAGGCACUGAACUGGAGACUUUGAGCAGACCUCAGCUGAAGAUUCCCCUGGAUCGGUCGCUCAGUGAGAUGUAUGUGGAGAGCAACAAGACAGGGGUUUUUAACUACCCAGAAGGCACCACUUAUGACUUUGCCACUGCCGCUCCUGUGUACAGCUCUACUAGCCUCAGUUAUGCCCCUGCUUCUGAAUCAUUUGGGUCCAGCAGUCUGGGAGGGUUUCAUUCGCUGAACAAUGUCCCUCCAAGCCCCGUGGUAUUCUUACAAACGGCGCCACAGCUCUCGCCCUUCAUUCAUCACCACAGCCAACAGGUACCCUACUACCUUGAAAACGAUCAGAGCAGCUUUGGGAUGAGAGAAGCUGGCCCCCCAACUUUCUACAGGUGUUUAUUACCCGCAGCUGAAAUACCACUGAAGACAACCAUGACUGAAGGGCUCUCCGCCGAAUUGCCGCUGAACUCCUGGACAGGGCACAAUGACUACAUGUGUCCUGCUACUAACCAGUGCACCAUCGACAAGAACAGGAGAAAGAGCUGUCAGGCCUGUCGGCUGAGAAAGUGCUAUGAAGUUGGAAUGAUGAAAGGUGGGAUCCGAAAAGACCGCAGAGGCGGGCGUAUGCUGAAACACAAACGUCAAAGAGAGGAGCAGGAUGCCAGGAAUGGUGGGACUUCUUCUACUGAGAUGAGAACCCCCACCCUCUGGACAAGUCCUCUUAUGAUUAAGCAUAGCAAGAAGAACAGUCCAGCUUUGUCCCUUACAGCAGAGCAGAUGGUUAGUGCCUUGCUGGAAGCUGAACCACCCAUAGUCUAUUCAGAGUAUGAUCCUAACAGACCUUUCAGUGAAGCCUCCAUCAUGACCCUGUUGACCAACCUUGCAGACAGGGAACUGGUGCACAUGAUCAACUGGGCAAAAAGGGUCCCAGGGUUUGUAGAUUUAACACUCCAUGAUCAGGUACAUCUACUGGAAUGUGCCUGGUUAGAGAUACUGAUGAUUGGCUUAAUCUGGCGUUCAAUGGAACAUCCAGGAAAACUCUUAUUUGCACCUAAUCUAUUACUGGACAGGAAUCAAGGGAAGUGCGUAGAGGGCAUGGUGGAGAUCUUUGACAUGCUGCUGGCCACUGCUGCUCGGUUCCGUGUGAUGAAUCUCCAGGGGGAGGAAUUUGUGUGCCUUAAGUCAAUCAUCUUGCUCAAUUCAGGUGUAUAUACAUUUCUUUCCAGCACCUUGAAAUCUUUGGAAGAGAAGGAGCAUAUUCAUCGUGUUCUGGACAAAAUCACAGAUACGUUGAUUCAUUUAAUGGCCAAGUCAGGUCUCUCUCCAGAUCAGCAACACAGACGACUGGCUCAGCUCCUCCUCAUACUCUCCCACAUCAGGCACAUGAGCAAUAAAGGGAUGGAGCACCUAUACAACAUGAAGUGCAAAAAUGUAGUCCCUCUUUAUGAUUUAUUGCUGGAAAUGCUAGAUGCUCACCGAUUGCAUGCCCCAGCCACCAAAAAUGCUCCCCAGACGGAAGAAGAGAAUCGGAGCCAGUUGACAACUGCAUCAACUUCAUCACAUUCCUUGCAGUCCUUUUAUGUAAACAGGGAAGAUGAGAAUUUGCAAAAUACAGUAUGAGGGUUCACAUGUUAAAAAAGCCUAUAAGGUUCUGAGAAUCCCAACAGCAUACUAUCUAGUUCAUACAUCACUUUAGCUACAUUGCCACAUGUGUAAACACUCCAAUAGGCACCAGUGAUUUCCAGUCUGACUGUUCAUUGAUCACUUGCUAAAAUCCUUAAUGGAAGAGGUUUUGUUAUUACAGAUGGCCUGCAAGGAUGGGAGGCCAACUUAAUUUGAACUGGCUCUUAUUUACCCCAUGCAUUAAUUAGGGUGGGGAUUCCUGUAGCCUUGGUCAGGCCAAGAUUUUGGGCUUUGUUGACCGUUUGCUGGGAAUCAUUUGAGCCUGGGCCUGAGCUGAGUUUGAGUAAUUGAUGUUUCCACUGUAAGGUUGAGUGGCUCCAGGAUGAGCCACAAGGAAGCCCCACUAAAGACUAGUUACACAGCUCAGAUCUUGGUAGAUUCCAGCCUGUCAUAUUCGCACAAAGUACUCCUUUCUGAAAGUAAUAUUGUUUUAAAAUUUCCCUUACUGGCUGACAUCAGCAGAUGUUUCCCCCUUCAAGAAUACAUAGAAUUUAUAUCCAGUUGCGGUUAUAUCAUCCAAUGGGCAUACUGGAUUGAAUGCACUCAAUCUUCUCUGAUCUCAGUCCCUGGGGUGGGUAGUACUUCGAUGGGAAGCCAGCUGGGAAACGUGUGCCUUUCUGUGGAUGUGGUGCCAUUGCCUUUAAUAUUAAUAAGUGUUGUCAAACUCUAUUGAACUCACCCAUCCAUUUAUUUUGAGGAAGCUUUAUGGCUUGUGUUAUACAGGAGGUCAGACUAGAUGAUCAAAAUGGUCCCUUUGGGCCUUGGAAUCAUGAAUGUAUGUAAUUUCCACUGAUACUAAUAGGAGUUUAAACCACUUACGAAGGGCAUCUAAUAAAGGGGAAGAUAAACUUUAAUCUUCCCUGUACUGGGUACCAUUAAAAAUUAGGUAUUUACCACCCUUUCUAGUUCAGUUGAUUGCAGUAUCUCACAUUCUAAUUAAACAUUGCAAUAGAUGAUCAUUUCUAAUGGUCUCCACUGCAACAAAAGUAGAACUCCUUGUAUGCUGAUAAACAACUCGCAGUAGGGAAGAACAGACAUAGAGAGGGACAGUACAAGUUUACGCUGCAAGCCAAGGCCUAAUAUACCCUCAGGCAUGUGCAUCUUGACUUCAGUGGAAGCUGGUGGGGGAGGGGGGAAGGACGGGAGGAGGUAUAUAUCAGAACACAGACUUUAGUUCUAAAUCUGCAGGUAACUACUAGCUGCAUGUGUGGUAUUUUUUUCAGACUCCCUAGGAAGCUGGUGAGCUCUCAACUUGUGAAGCGCUUUCAUCUCAUCUUAAUUUAACAACCCUCUUGCUAAUGCAGAUCACUAGUUUCGUUUCCAGUAGCCUCAUUUUUUUGUGACUAUGAUAAAGCACUUGUCUUUGUGCUUAUGCAGAGAAAGCAUUGGUCUUUCUUUGCAAUUCAUUACCCAAAGCCACUGGGGGCUCCUAAGUGCCUUGUCCAAAAUGUACACAUUUUUAUUUUCAUUUUGUAGCAAUUUUUUUUUUGUUGAGAAAAUCUUGGUGUACUGUAUAUUAUGGACAUAAAUAAGCAGAGGUGAAGAUCUGAAUGGGCCAUAGGAAUCUUAUACCUAAGUUUAAAAGACAAAUGUCACCGAAUUGUAGCCCAGAGUUGCCCAUCAAAUAUAGUGUGUUAACAACUUCCAUGUUCUUUGUAAUAAACUAGACAGAGCUCCUCUAAACUUCACAGUAUCUAAAUUAAUGGCUCCUUCCUUGGUUCUCCCAACAAAUAAGCACACUGGGUCAAAUUAAUCCUUGGAUGAAUUUAAAUAAAUGAAUUUGGGCCAUGGUUGGCAUCUGGAAACAGAGGGCUGGAUUCUGAUACUUUCGCUGUGGUGAGUAGCACCCUCAGCUGCAAAUUGUCCACUGAAGUCAAUGAGCCUGCAUAUAGAAUAAAGUGCUACCCAACAUAAGGAAGGGUACCAAAACAUGGCCUAGACUAUUAAAAAUGAUUUGGCAAAUAGAGGUGCACACCAGCAAUUUGGGAUUCUUUGUUAGCCUUGGCCUUUGCAAUAAGACCUCAUUUAGUUCAAAUAUACAUUGUAACAAAAGCAGUGGGAGCCCAAGAAAGAAAAAUAAUGAUUUCCCACAAUACAUACUUUUAACUCGGAGGCAGUGUCUGUGAUUGACAUCAUUAACUUGUUCAAAACUUAAUUUUUUCUUAAAAAGCACCUUAAAUAAUGUUAUAUAUAAAAGAUGCAUUGCUCACAUAUCAGACAAUUGAAUGUAGCCAUUCAGUAAACCCAGUUGACAAAGUCUAUAAUACAUAAAACAAAAUAUGUUUUCAUAUGCUUUUGAGGUACCAUAUUACAUAUGUAGUUAUUUGUGCCUGAGGCUAACUGAUUGUUAGCUUAUAUGAUGAUUAUAUUUCAUAUAUACUUUUAUAUUUGCAGUAGAUAAGCCAGCACUAACUGCAAUACCUAGUACUGGAUAUGAAAAAGAAAAAUAAUAUCCUGUAGUGACUACAUAUGAGAAGGAAAAAUAUUCAGGGAAGCUAAUUAUGCUUUUACCAAACAAUAAUAGAGCAGAUGAACUUGCUUUGCAUAGCAAACCUGUUGCCAUUCAAAUAACAGUCAUUUUAAGAAGUUCAGGGCACAUGUGAAAGUAGUAAUGUGAACUUGCAGACUGUCUCAGGUAAAACUCCUAUGAAAGACAACAGGAGUGGUUCUGAAGUAAAAAUAAAACAAACAAACAAACAAAACAGGAGCAAUUUCUUGGUGUUUGUGGUGACUUUCCUGAUUUUUCCUUCUUGUACAUUUAAGAGGUUGGUAGAUUAGAAAACGUGUCACUAAGGAAGAAAGAACAAAUAGCUUACAUUUCUACUGAUAAUGCAAGGUCAGUAUGUUUUGCAGUGGAAGCAGUAGGUCUCAUACUGGAGUCAUGAUCUAUUUCAAUAAUUGAUUACCGCUAUUUUAAUUCUUAAAGAGUUGUGCCAAAAAUGAAACCAAACAUCUAAGCAUUAGAACUGUUUCCACCAAAAUCCUGCCUCACUGAAGUCAAUCUAACUACAGACUUAAAUGGGAACAAGAUAAGUCCCUGUUCUUGUGUGUGUGUGUGUGUAUGUGUGUGUGUGUGUGUGUGUGUAUAUAUAUAUAUAUAUAUAUAUAAUAUCCUGCUUUUAAAACUAGGAUGCAACCCAAUUUAAAACUAGCAGGAUUGUGUGGAUGCAAACACUAAGAUAAUGACAGCAGAAUUAGUGUGAUCAAUUACUCUACAUUAUGUCAGCUAUUUUGAAAGCUAUUUACAAAUAUAUUACAUCUUUACAAACUGAAUAUUUUUGUAUUUAUGAAGUUAAGGCCAGGUCUUAAUGCAUAGUAUGCGUAGCUAGUACCCAAAAAUAUACCACAAUUUCAGAUUGCCUUCAGUGAUUUAAAUGCUGGGUACCAAAAAUUCAUAUUUCAUUAAAAACCUUUUCUUUCUA